GCACAGCAUCAUUCCAUACUAACCCUGAGACUGUGCAUACUAAACUCGCACUGCAGUGGGACCGGCUCAGUUCUGGAUCAUUUCACACUGUGCGGACUGUGAAGGACACCUGCGUGAACUAUGUGAAGGGUUCCUAUAAAGCAUUGUUUGACCAUGCUGUUCCCUGCCUCAAAAUCCGAUGUGAAAUCGGUUCUGGAAGGAGUAGCAGAAACCACAUUCAGGACCAUCACGUCUGGACUGCAGUACUUUAGUUCUAACGACAUCAGCUUUGAUGACCACAUCAUUGACGGGGACUUUGGCAAAGGUGGAUACCCUCUGCAGAAGCCUUUCUCGGCCUACCGCAGAAGCACUUUCUCGGAUAAAGUCGCACCGGAUGAGGAACUGAUCCUGAAAAAUAUCCCAUUUUAUCCCACUAACAGCUCAGAUGGAUUUGGAAACUGGAGUCUUGGAGAGGAUGGAAGUAGCCUCCAGUGUGGGGAGAACUUUAUGGACAUGGAAUGUUUCAUGAUACUGACUCCUAGUCAGCAGCUCGCCGUGGCCGUGUUGUCGCUCACACUUGGCACUUUUACCGUGUUAGAGAACCUGGUGGUUCUUUGUGUGAUAUUGCAGUCACGUACCCUUCGCUGUAGACCGUCCUACCAUUUUAUCGGUAGCUUGGCCGUUGCAGACCUACUCGGUAGUGUGAUUUUCGUCUACAGCUUCUUGGACUUCCACGUGUUUCACCGCAAGGACAGUCCGAAUGUGUUUCUGUUUAAACUGGGCGGUGUAACGGCAUCUUUUACCGCUUCUGUCGGAAGCCUGUUCCUCACCGCCAUCGACAGAUACGUAUCAAUACAUCGCCCGUUGGCGUAUAGGCAGAUCGUGACGCGCACCAAAGCGGUGAUCGCCUUCUGCAUGAUGUGGGCCAUCUCCAUCAUCAUUGCCGUGCUGCCGCUGCUCGGAUGGAACUGCAAACGGUUAAACUCGGUUUGUUCAGACAUCUUUCCGCUAAUCGAUGAGAACUACCUGAUGUUCUGGAUCGGUGUGACCAGCGUUUUGGUCAUAUUCAUCAUCUAUGCUUACAUGUACAUCCUCUGGAAGGCCCACCACCAUGCGGUGAGGAUGCUAAGACGCACAUCACAAAAAAGCCUGGUCGUCCACUCCUCCGACGGCACGAAGGUCCAAACCACCAGGCCAGAUCAGGUCCGCAUGGACAUCCGGUUGGCCAAGACGUUGGUUCUAAUUCUAGUGGUGUUGGUGAUCUGUUGGGGGCCUCUUUUGGCCAUCAUGGUGUAUGAUUUGUUCUGGCGAAUGGAUGACAACAUUAAGACGAUUUUUGCAUUCUGUAGUAUGCUCUGCCUGCUCAACUCCACCGUUAACCCAAUUAUCUACGCUCUAAGGAGUAAAGACCUCCGCAGGGCCUUCCUCACGACCUGUCAGUGCUGCAGGAGCACCUCCAGCACGUCACUGCAGUUCGACAACAGCCUGGAAUCGGAUUGUCAGAGGAAUCAACACAUCGCUGCAAACCGUGCUGCUGAGAGCUGUGUGAAGACCACUGUGAAAAUUGCCAAACUGACAAUGUCCGUCUCUGCUGAGACAUCGGCCGAAGCUGUUUGAGUGUGUUUUUGUUGUUCAGCUGGCGAUGUGGAUGUUGAAUGAGUGUUGUUCUGAUUAGGGUUCAUAUAGUUUUGAAGAUUUCACUAGUUUCUAUUUCAGUUUAGUUUAUUUUGUUUUGUUUUAUUUGUUUGACAAGUUUUAGUUUCAACCAUUGAUCUGUUGACUCCUGGGGGUCAAUGAAGGUACUGCACGGGGCAGCGGCAAAGCUUGCCUUUUCCGUAAGAGGGUGCAAGUGAAAAAGACACUAGAAACUGGAUAAAGCCUAUAAAGAAUUGUGAGGAAGAUCCACAGAAAAUGAAAAUGGCCCACCUUAUACAGUGACACAGCACCACUAACAAGUCCAUCUGCCAAAAACACUGUGGAUCUGUGAUUGGUUGUUUCACAUGUCAAUCAGUCUGCAGCUUAUAAUGGGGUGUUUUCUUAUAGUCUAAAGUCAGGAUUUGGAGAUUAUACAGACCAUCCAAAAAUGACUUAAAAUAUGAAAAUAAAAUAAAUUUUCUCUGUAAUUGGAGUUUUAAUUCGUAUUGUUGUGCAUAUUUACAGUUUUUGUUCUUUUGCAGUUAACAAAAAUAUUUUUUUCACUGCUACUUUUGUCUUUAUCAAUAAUAACCUUGGUUCUGAUGCACAGCGUCUUAACAAAAAAAAAAAAAAUUAUAAUAAUUAAAGUGUCUGUUCUUGCCGGUCAUGCAUAAAGGACAAAGGUCAAAAUACAAAGCUGCUUAUGUUACCACUGGUUUGGUGAAUUCUUCAAUACAACAUCUCUUUUAAGUGCCGAAUUUUUCUCAAAAGAGGUAAUCGAAUUUGUUGGGGCUUUUUUCUUUGUUGUUGUUUGCCAUUAAAUGUCAUUGAAACAUGUAACUGAAAAUGUGUGGAUAAAGUGUGUACUUAAUGAAAGUUUAUAUUUUUAUACUUUGAAUUUUUUGUUUUUGAACAAUGAUAUCUCACAUGGGAUUAAGGGGCUAAUUGUCUUUUUCAUAUGAAAAUCCUGUAAGUAUUAAUAUAAAAUAUAUAGUUUGUAAAUAUGUUGUAAAGCUAUGUGGUGUUUUUAGUGUAUUCAACAUUGUCUAGUUGCCAGUGAAAUACAGUAUGGAAUUUGAAAGUUUUUUAAGUGAACGGAGAGCAUUUUUUUUUUUUUUUUUUUUUUUUAAGUUCUGUCGCUACUGAAGUACAUUAAUAAUUUAAGGUAGAAAUCAAGAUAUUUGUGAAGUUUGGUUAACAAAUGUAUUGAAUCUCAUUUAGUAUAUUUGUUGGGUCCUCAGGUCCAUUAUAUUAUGAUUUAGUGUUAAUGUUGUGCAGACAAAAUAAAGGAUUUUUGGGGUAAUUUGUUUUACAAGAUGGAUUGAACCAGUGAUGGAUUGUGGUUUACUAUCACAGAACAGUGACAUUUUAAAACAGAAAUAAUUGUGUUCUAAACCUGAUUGUAAAUUGUUUAUUUUGUCAUUCUGCUGUACUGUAUUUUUCUGAGAUGUAAAGUAUAAAUAAUUGUACAACAUGGUGAAGUGGGUAAUGCCAUUAGUGGCACCAAAAGAAUAACAAAACAUAAUGACAGUUUUCAAGCAAGUUUCCCAAACAAUCCCUCUGCCUGCCAUUGGUUUAAGAAACAGAUUGUCCCACCCCACACUCACACAACUGGUUGAGUCGUUGUUGUGUCUGACUGGUUGGGAUGCUCAAACAGACAUAGACAAAGUGUCAUAGUGUUUACACUUUUCAGGAUGUCAACCUACUUACUUACUGGCUUAUCAUAGUUGACUCUUCGUAUUAAACUUGGAUACAGAAACAGCCAACAGCAAGUAUUUUAACAAACUUUAAAAAAAUGAUUUACACACUUCACCUUUAAACAAGGCUGACUACAAACAGCCUGCUAAUAAAAAUACAUCAUGUAGUUCAAUAACAGUUGUAAAUAUCCAUAAUGAAAAUGUAAAUAUCAUGAGUGUUCAGUAAUAUUCCUUAAAUCGUGAUAUACUGUAGUGUGGUGGCUCUUUGUUUGCCCUGUUCAAAAUACAGCAUUGGUAAACUUUAACAAAGAUUUACCUACUUAAGUAUCAAAGCUUAAAAAUCAUAAAUUGUCAAAGUGGCUUUUGUUCCAAAGUACUUUAAAGUCUGUCAAGGUGAUGUCUUAAAAUACAGUAGCAUACAUUAUGGCUACUCACAGUCUCAUACACUUGUGUCACAAUUUAAUGUUUCAAAUUUGUUUUAAAUAAAGUCAGUA